AUGUGGCGUGUGGCGGUGAUAAGCCUCCUAGCAGUCAGUCGAGUACACUGUCGCUCUAAUCGGGUCAUCGAUGUGUCGACGACGUGUGACAAGAACUCCAUGGCUGUGCACAUCACGAUGGAACAACCCUUCAAAGGUCUCGUGUUCAGCAAAGACUUCUCUAGGGAAUGUCGAGUGCAAGGAAAGCUGCAACAGAAUGUUUCUCUGCACUUACCUUCUAACGCGUGUGGUGUUCGGACGUCCACUCUUAACUCGUCAGUAAAAGAACCAGACGAUACUGACGAUUUGUACUAUACCGUUGAACUCGUCGUGCAAAUGGAUCGUCAGCUGCAACAAUUAACUGAUCAAGAACUCAUGGUAAGGUGCAAAUUGCAACCACGCGCGGUCCGCAUUCACAGCUCGGCUCUGGAAGGAGUUAUCAAGACAAAAUUACGUGAACUAUCCGGGCAAGAAGUUAAGAAAGUUAGCGUAUCCUUCCACUCCCACUUUUCAAAUUGGGUGAUGAUACCAUGUAUAAAGUGCGAGCGGUGUCCACGACUGUGCAGGACGGGUCGCAACCGGCAGGUCUUCGCGAGCACGGCAGAGCUGGAGCGGGAGGCGCUGCUGCAGGCCGCGCGCGCCUGGAUGCAGCUGGCGCCCGCCGAGCGCGGCGGUGGCGCCGAGCCUGCCGCCGUCGAGGUGGGCCAGCCCACGCGUCUCCUCGUGCAGUGCACGCUGCCCGUCGGUGUUGGUCUACGCAUAACAAACUGCAUCGCCCACGACGGCCUUGGUGAAGCAUCGCAGAAACUUCUAGACGAAGCCGGCUGCCCCAUCGACGAAUCUAUCUUCGGCAGCCCUACUAUACACGAGCACAAGCAGCGCAGCGAGGUAGACAUCUCUGAAUUGACGUCGGCCGAUCCUCAGCGGAACAUUGACGAAACUACGAGCAUGAAGCUAACGAAGGACGACCCCGAAUAUAUGUUCAAGAAAAUCAUGACGUACCAACACGCCGUGGUCACCUUCUCUGCCUUCAAGUUCCCUGAUAGAGCAAAGUUGCAUCUGACCUGUGGAGUCGAGCUCUGUAAAGGCAAUUGUCCAAAAGUCGACUGUCAAGCGUUGAGAAAACCGCAGCAGACAAGAGACGGACUGCUAAGAAAGGCUAGAUUGGACAAAGACGCAAGAGGAUUAGUUAUAGACAGACUGGAAGUAUACAAUAGUAUAGAAGUUUUAGCGCCUAACAUCGAGUUGGAAGACGAAGCUUCAAUCAGAGGCGAGUAUUAUAACUUUCUUAUUGAAGACAAUACGUUGGUUGAUGUGUCGAAAGCAAUCUUUUUUUUCUUAAGUUCAAGACGGUUAGACGCCGAGAAGGAUGAAUUCGUCAGACUAGGAUUCUCUCCAGGAGACAAAACAAUAUGUUUAUCACCAGGGAAAAUGGCCCUAGCCUUCUGCAUUUUGGGCCUGAUAUUCCUGUGUGCUAUAGCCGUAGCGUUUGCAGCGUUGAUCCGAGCGAGACGGCGAGUAACCCGUGAGCCACUACACACCUCUCUCUCUUUCUACACCGGCAGUAAGAGUAUGUUCUCUUCCAGCGAGAGUUCCAGUUCAGGGCUAAGUGGCAGCAAACUGCUACUAACUGAUAGUCCUUAUUUAGAUCACCAUUCGUCUUCUAGCAAUAACUGGCCAUAUGCAAGAGCAUUUUAA